AUGUUUGCUGCUACAGGCGAUGGCACACUAUUGCCACUGUACGUGAUAUAUAAAGCUAAACACCUAUACGAUCUGUGGAGUGAAGGUGGUCCUGCUGGGGCAAGGUUUAACAGAAGUAAAUCAGGCUGGAUGGAUGGCAGCUGUUUCUUAGAUUGGUUUGAGUCUAUAAUGAUACCUUAUUUUCGUUGUUUUGGGGGAAGAAAAGCCAUUAUUGUUGACAACUUGAGCUCUAAUCUGUCUCCAGCUGUCAUUGAUUUGUGCAAAAAACAUGACAUUGAGUGUGUUUUCUUACCAUCAAACUCAACUCAUCUUACACAAGCUCUAGAUGUCGCAAUUUUUAGGCCAUUGAAACAGGCUUGGCGACAGGUUCUGGAGAACUGGAAAAGCAGAACUAACAAGUGUUCAGGAAUUGAUAAGAAGUACUUUCCUCGACUUUUGAAAGAAACCCUUGACAUGUUAUAA